GUUGCUACUGUGUUACUGUCAUUGUUGUUCGACACGCUGUCUGAAUGAUAAAUCGGGCGUAGGGAAAUAAACAGAUUUUCGAAUCUACAAGCCGACUGUUUUAUAUGUUUUAGCUAGAGUGGACUUAACCCAAGGGAUAUAUUUUAGAUAUUGGAUUGUUUGACCAAUUGGAGAGUCAUGUCGAAUCCAUACAAGAAGAAUGGGACAACAUUCAAGACGAAGACGACAAUUGUAGAAAACCCUACAUUUCACACCCCUUUACAAGUAGACAGAGUCAGCGGCGUGAGAACGUACCGUCCAUAUAUGACGACAUUGGAGGCCUUACAAGAUAAAGAGAAAAAGAAAAGAAGGAGAAAGCUGUGUUGUAUCAUCAUUGGUAUAGUUGCAGUUUUACUAAUUUUCGGUGCUGUUGCUGUGGCGCUGGCGUUUACAGUAUUCAAUAAAACCUCUGAAAUUGAAGAAAAGAAUAUACCAUCAGCUGUUCCGUCAAGCAUUCCAUAUAACCUCCUCACAACAUUGUAUCCAGACACAAAAGACAUUACAGUUCUCGGUGAAAUGAAAUUAGAUUUAAGGUUUCCUAGACUUCCCAGUCAACGAGAGGAUCUCGUAAGGAAAUUCAUUUUACAGGUAGAUAAUUUGUAUAAUGAUAGUGAAGUAAAGCAGUACUACGAAUCCACUAUAGUUAACCAGCUCAGGCCUGGAAGUGUCUUAGUUAACUUUGAAAUACUGAUAAAAGAACCAGUACUGAAGUCGGUUGAUGCUAAUAAAUAUCGGAAAACGAUCGAAGCCAUGGAAUUAUUCAAGCAAGAAACAUUGGAUGGCCAAUUAGGAGAAUAUCAGCUGUUUCCAGAAUCCGUUAAACUGGAGAUAAAAAGAGACAAAUAUGAAAUUACUACGCACAGUCCCGUUGUUAAACCUACUAGCGCACGCGUAGCAUCUCCAACACGACCAGUUGAAAGACAAGAAACAUCUUCAUCUGUGCGGGCGUCAACAUCUCACACAAGUACGGAGUCUUCGAAUACAGUUCGCCCAACAAUACGACAGGUGAUAACGACAGACGGGGUUCACUCGACAACAACUGCACGUGUGACUACAUCCAAAGCAACAACGUCACAGCCAACGACGACUAAACCAACCACCACAUCACAGCAAACAACAACCAAACCAACUACAACGUCACAGCCAACAACGACCAAACCAAGCACGACGUCGAAUCAAAUAACCACAGAAAAACUUAAAACAACACAAGCACCUACAACAAGGACGACAACACAGGCAACAACGGUACGCGAAACAACAACACAUAAGGCAACAACAGAGGCACCAACAACAGUUAUAAAGACAACAACAGUUUCGACUACACAAGAAUCAACAACAACAGAAGUACCCACGACACAGAGAGUGACGUUAGCACCGACAACAAUUGAUGUGACUACCACCAGUCAAGAAGUUACGACCGUUGAAGGUCCUUCAACAAUACUGGUGGACCAAACUACAACCCAGGCAAUAGAAACCACCCAAGGGCAGCCACCGUUCCAACCCACCACGGCUCAAAUAGCAUCAGUCUCACCAUCAUCCACGAAAACAUCGACAGUGUCUCAGGCACACCACGUGUCAUUAUCACCUGAUAUUUUUGGUGGAUGUGAAUCACUUGAUUGUUACAACGGUGGCUCGUGUGACGACAGUUCCGGCUUUGCCAUGUGUGACUGCGUCGAAGGAUAUUUUGGAAUCUCCUGCGAUCAGAGCGUUUGUGAUUUUAAGACAUGCGAGAACGGUGGGACGUGCAGACCAGAUGGAUUGUACAACCAUGUAUGCGAUUGCCCUCAGGGCUUCUUAGGAAGCUCAUGUGAAAUAGCACUAACUGUUCAGCCGUGUGAAGGUAAUCCAUGUAAAAACGCUGGAAACUGUACCGCUUAUUACGACAUGUAUUUCUGCAUUUGUCCGUAUCCGUACGGUGGAUAUAAUUGUGAAAUAAACACCGUAGGCGAUGGAAACGACCAGAAUACACCGCCUCCAGCGUGCCAAGACAUUCCAUUAGAAGUGUGCCGACAGCAUGUUCCGUACAACACAAGUGGUCUGGCUCAUCCGUAUAGAACGGUCGGUUCACCAGAAGAAGCCAGUGAAAAGAUACUUCAUUAUCGAAGCAUUCUGCAAGGCUGCAAUUCGAAUAUUGAUAGACUGGUUUGCUUGAUAUUCAGCCCAGAAUGUCCGUUGGAGUCUGGUUUCCCUCGGUCAGCGUGUAGUAACUAUUGUAUUGAUGAGCUUUUUGGGUGCAUGUCUGACAUCGAUCCGUAUACGACAGAGAUCAAUGAUGCAAUUAUGACAUUGUACCAGAUAUGCAUGCAGUUACCAAAUACUGAAGAACUUUGCAUUGGACCUCAAAACAAUACUCAACCUGCUGAUCCUUGCUUAAGCGAUCCAUGUCGUAACGGAGGAACAUGUAUGUCUUAUGGUGAAAUAUUCUAUUGCGAAUGUGCUCAUGGUUUUAUUGGUGAUAUAUGCGAACUCGAAUUUGGUUUCACACCGUCUAUUUGUACUGCAUCAACCUGUCUAAAUGGGGGAACGUGCGAAGAAGCCGAUUUUUUACCUAGAUGUAUCUGUCCAGAGGGUUUCAUUGGCCAACAGUGCGAGACUGAUGAAGAUAGUGGGCUCCAAUCAAGCCACGAUGAAGAUAUUUACGAAUCUAUAUGCACUGGCGUCAUGGAUAGUUGUAUCAACGUACUUCCGUACAAUCUGACGUCGUAUACAGAUACUAUGGGCCAAGAUCAUACCGACCAAGACACAAUGACGUCGGUCAAUAAUCAGUACCAGAGAUCCAUUUCAGCAUGUGAUCAUCCAGAUAUCGAGAGUUUCUUGUGUUCAGUACUGAAUCCUGAGUGCGUUCCUAGCAACGCGUUGAUUGGUGUUCCAAGAACCGCGUGCAGUUCACUGUGCAAUCAGAUUCGAUUGUCUUGCCCUGACGCACUGCCCAUGAAUUCAUCAACGUUCCAACAGUACUGUGAUUACAUGAUCGAGUCAGAUGAUAUCCAAAUAUGUAUCCCACCCUCAAACCAAGUCAAUAGUUCAGAAACAGAUCAUAUUUGUUCCAAUGUUACCUGUCAUAAUGGCGGUGUAUGCUUCGAGUUCGAGGGAAUCCCUAUAUGUAGAUGCCAAGAAGGGUAUUCAGGCAGCCUGUGCGAACUGGAAUACACGGAUCCUUGUCUCUCAACGCCGUGCUUAAACAAUGGCUCAUGCAUCACCGAUGUUACCAACUUCUACGUUUCCUACAAAUGCGAAUGCCUAAAUGGUUUUUAUGGAGUUCACUGCGAGGAAAGUAUAUGCCGUGACAUGCCUUGUUCUAACGGUGGAACUUGCCAAUCCUCUGGUGUCUACACUAGCGAGUGCAUUUGUCCAGAUGGAUUUACGGGGUCGUUUUGUGAGAUAAAUUUGUAUCCGGUCGAUCCGUGCCAAUCAAGUCCAUGCCACAAUAAUGGUUCCUGCAAAUCUCAAAUCACUAGUCUCUACACUGCGUACUACUGCGUCUGCCAUCCAGGGUUCUAUGGCAGAAACUGCGAACAUGAUAAUCCAUGUAUACCAAACCCAUGCCAACACGCAGGUCACUGUACUCAUAAUGAAACUGGAAGUUUUACCUGUAGUUGCGUACAAGGUCAUGGCGGUUUGCUUUGUGAAACAGUACUGGAUCCAUGCAUUAGUGGCCCCUGCUACAAUGGUGGAAGUUGUUUAAAUGAAGGUAUACGAUACUUGUGCAUAUGCCCUCAACGAUACAGCGGAGAAAACUGCGAAAAUGACGACUAUCCGAUAAAACACCCAGAAGACGUAACACCACCUGAAUGAAGUAAUCAACACUAAUUUUUACAGUACUGUCAGUAACUCAUUACAAAACAAAGUAUCUCGGAGAAUAGAUUAAGGUUCGAUAAUGAAAGGUCAUAGGUGUAACCAACUGAUCUGCAAAUUCCGAUUGGUCCUGGUUGAUUUCAUUGCACAAUUAGUGUAUAUUAUUUAAAGAUGCAUUUUUCAUUAAUCAUGUUAUUCAUUGGGUUUGCUAGCUUUAUAACUAACAGCCUAUAGGCCUAUUUGUUUACAAUGUAGUUGACAUUGUACAGUUUGUAAAAACAAGUUAUCUUAUAUUGCUCUGCCUUGUCAGAUUGGCUCGCGUCUUCACAUUAUAUCCAAUCUGAUGCUGCAACACUUGAUAUACUGUAGUCAGUUUGUGUAAAUGCUUAAUACUGUGAUGUGCGCCCAAUUGUUGUGCAAUUGUAUAGCGUAUUGCCGGAGUCCGAUGUGUGCUACCGAAAAAUUAAUAAUGUCAACUAUAAGGUAAUAGGGGAAAAACAAAGAAGACAGAAGAGCACAUUACUCUUGCUUUGUUAACAGGCUGUGAAGUUUUUCACGCUAUGUUUUUAGUCCUAGUUUAAAGCAUGUUAUAAUAUGACAUAAGUACAAAUAAAAUGUAAUUCUUCAAGUCUGGUUUCCAAAGUCACUCACUGUCGGUGUUCCCGAGGUAAUCAGGAAAGCUCCCCAAUUCGACUGACCAAUCAGCGUCGCCGACAAAUUAAUGUCAGCGUGCAGCGAUUUUAUGGAAAUCAGGCUCUAUUAAAGUGGCUUCCGAGGUCUUGUUGGGGGUGAAAGCAAAUUUUUAAAAACAUGUGUUAAGAAACAGACUGUUGAAUAUAUUGUUCAUUAUGUAAACUAAUUUAAUUUUAAAUACAGAAAGAAGUUGUUGUAUCAAAGUUUUUUAAUUGUUAAGCAUUAUCCGUCCAUUGAUAAUAUAAAAGAUUUAGCUUUACUAUUUUAUGCACAUUUUAUAGCUUAAAAAACUAUUAGUUCUGUUGCCUGUACACUUGGUAAUAACUAUUUUUAAAGUUCACUUAAUUUUAUAAAAUAUUUGUAUAUAAUAUGUCAGUUUUAUGCUUCAAAACUAGAAGAUCCAUGGUUUCUUUUUAAAUUAUUGUUAUAGAACAUUUAUUUGAAGUUUUAAGAAGAUUUAAGCAAAUGUUUGGUGAAAGGCAGGAGAAUAACCCAUAACUUGCAGCGUCAUUGUGCUGAAUUGCGUAUGGGCGUGGUCCGUGACUACCUAGCAGCCGUAAAGAUAGCUUCUUGGGUCUAUAUAAUGCAGAUAAAGAUUAUUAUGCAAGAUUAAAUAAAAAGAGCUGAGUGUUAUUACUUUUGUAAAAUAUUAAGCGUGUAUAAAACAGCAUCACCAUUUUGAUUCUUAUGUCAAGAAUUGUUUCAAGAAUUAGAAAAAACAAUACAGUUUAAAAAUAAGUAUGCAAAUCACAUUUUAUUUAAUGUGAUAUCACACAUAUGGGGAUUAAGUCAUAGUAGAAUUGUGUGUGUAUAUCACAUUAAGGGUGAGGGGAUCUCUUAUGACUCUGUUGACAGGCAUACAAAACCUGUAUUUGAAAAAAUCAAACAUCUUCUAUACUAAAUCUGUAUUCUGUUGAAUACUGAUUUUCUUGUAUAAAAGCCUAUCAUUUUUGAAAAUUGUAAAACAUAUAUCUGUACGUUCCAUUUUCAUGUGAGGACCAUGCAAUCAUCUUAUCGAAGUCAUAGUUCCACUUCUACUAUAUACCUACUUUCUUAAAAGCUUUUAUAGCAUAAUAUUUUUGCUAUAAGUUUUAACAUCUUACCUCCAAACAUACUUUAAUUUUAAAUUUGAGGCGUACUGUUGUUGGUGAGUUUAAUGGAGUUUAAUUAUUAUAUUUAAUUUAUAAUAAGGUUUUGCAAUUUUCUCAUACAUGUACACUUUAAAAUGUUAUCUUUUAUAAGCUUUCAACUGUAAUUAUGAUUCGUAAACUUUUCCGUGACAGCAAACGUAUUCGUUACUCUUCAUUCCUUCGUUAUUCAUGGCUUGCUUUUAUUCACUCAAAAUCACCCCAUCCCAUCCACACCCGCAAACACAACUCAGGCUCAGAUUAUUGAAACACACUCAGAAGGAAAAUUAAAAGAAUACGUUUCAAAAGAAUUUAAUAACUACGAAUUGAAAGAUAAAUAAAAUUGUAUCUGAUAUAUCAGAUAUAAACCGUAUCAGAUGUAAAUCGAA